UUCGAGGAAUUGAUCAGAAAUAUAGAUCCUGCAAACUACCAUAAUAUAAUACUUCUCAAACUAUUUACGAGUUUCUCAAAACAUACCAACAGAGAUAAUUAAUGAUGCUUGCUUGGCGAUAGUAACAACGAAUCCUAAAAGCUAUCUACAGUUGUACCAAGGAUUUUUCUUUGCGUUGGUAUACGAGCACGAGCACGAUGGUGCUGUUUUGACCAAACAGGCAUACGAAGCUAUGGAAGAGGGAGAUUUCAAUAAAGUACCAGUAUUACUCGGUGCUACUAGCGAGGAAGACUAUUUCCUCAUGGAAGAUAAAGAAGGUCUCGGUUACAUAUCUGAAAUAUUCACACAAAGUCGUGAUUCAAUACCAGAUGAUAUGCAUGUCACUGAGGAGAAUAAGGAUACCAUCAAAGCUGAAUUGAUGAACUUUUAUACUUCCGGAGGAAACUAUGUGGACAACCCUAGGAAACUUGUCACGCUUAUGAGUGAUCAUGAUUUUGUAAAAUCUGUGCUAAAGUUCGCUGAGCAGUUGGUGAAACACUCGCAAAACCCAUACCUCUACCAGUUCUCUUACAAAGGUGUCUUGGGUUUUCACAGAAAUCAGUCAGCUUGUGGUUGGCGUGGGAGUUCGCUCAUUCAGCAUCACUGACAGUUGUACCCCAGAGCUUACACAGACCGUUCCGUAUUUUCACUGGAUGCAGUUUUUUAUCAAAUUAAUAAGCAUGUCAUACUCAAGUUAUGAGGCAACUAUAGAAAAUAAUGGCAACGACCUGCAGUUCAUCGCAGAUGAAAUUGCCAUUGCUCCCAUUAUUUUCCAAAAGUCACAAGUGCCAAAAAUAAAAAUGAGAAAGGACGAUGCCUAGAAGAAGAUGUUGAAAAAAUAGGAAUCAACAUUCGGUAAACCAUUAGAUACUAAAG